AUGUUCAAUGUGGAGUUUAUAUCUGGAAAUUUGGGGAAUGGGUUCAUUGCAGUGGUGAACAUCAUGGACUGGGUCAAGAGAAGAAAGAUCUCUUCAGUGGAUCAGAGCCUCACUGCUUUGGCCAUCUCCAGGAUCAUUGUUCUGUGGUCAGUGUACAUAAUGAUAUCAAUGUUUUCAAUGUACCCAGAAUUAAAAGUGACCAUAAUAACAGUAAAACUGACUAAUCUUAUCUGGAUAAUUUCUAACCAUUUUAGCAUCUGGAUGGCCACCAUUCUCAGCAUCCUUUAUUUUCUCAAGGUAGCCAAUUUUUCUAACUCUAUUUUCCUCUACCUAAGGUGGAGAUUUACAAAGGUGGUUCCAGUGGCAUUGCUGGUUUCCCUGUUCCUCUUGUUUGUAAAUAUUUUAGUGGUGGAAAUACAAAUAGACAUGUGGAUGGAUCAGUUCAAAGCAAAUGUAUCUUACAGCUGCAAAUUAAAAAAAUUUGCACACAUCACAAGGCUUCUUGUAUUAACAAAUGCUAUGUUUCCAUUAGUACCCUUCACUGUGUCCAUGACAAUGUUUUUUCUGCUCAUCUUCUCCCUGUGGAAACAUGUGAAGAAGAUAAAGCACAUUACCAAAAGCUCCCGAGAUGCCAGCACCACAGCUCACAUCACAGCCUUGAAAGCUAUAGUUGCCUUUCUCCUGCUGUAUACAAUUUUUACAUUCUCUCUUUUUGUACAACUUUGGAGUCAUGAGUUUGAAGAAAAUAUUAUUUUCAAAAAUAUUUUCCGUGUUGGUAUAAUUGCUUUUCCAUCACUCCAUUCAUUUGUCCUGAUUAUGGGAAACAGUAAGCUGAGGCAGACCUCUCUUCUGGUACUGACAGCAUUAAGGUGCAAGAUCCAAGGAUGUGCACCCUUGAGUCUCUGA